CACCACCUCAAGGGGGAGGGGCGUGUCCGGCUGGCUGCCAUGUAUGCACCCUUCGUCGCGAAUUCGGCGAAUUUUUUUAUUGUUCUGCUGUUUUGAAAACAACCGACUGGUCGAAGGUCGACUCUUCCGUUUGCCCGCACCCUGUCCAAGGACGCAGAAUGGUGGUGCCCUAAGAUGGUGGGCGGCUGAAGCGAGUUUCUAAAGCACGCAGAGUUCGAAUUCGCGCGGAGCAAAAAAGAUCCAAGUAAGAUGAGGGCCGCGGGCGUCACCCUGCUGAGCAUCACCCUGACGGCGGCCGUCAUCGGCAACGCCUUCUACCAAAAGAAGCAGUUCUACCCCUCGGUGGUCUACAUCACCAAGUCCAACCCCUGCAUGGCCGUCAUGUACAUCCAGGCCUUCGUCAUGGUCAUCCUCAUGGGCAAGCUGAUGCGCAAGGUCUUCUUCGGCCAGCUCAGGGCGGCCGAGUUUGAGCACCUGAUGGAAAGGUCGUGGUACGCGGUGACUGAGACCUGCCUAGCCUUCACGGUCUUCAGGGACGACUUCAGCCCCAAGUUUGUGGCGCUGUUCACGGUGCUGCUCUUCCUCAAGUCCUUCCACUGGCUUGCCGAGGACAGAGUCGACUUUAUGGAAAGGAGUCCGGUCAUUUCGUGGCUGUUCCACAUCCGAGUCAUCUCCCUUCUGAGUGUGCUGGGGUACCUGGACUACCUGUUCGUCGGUCACGCGUACCAGUCGACGGUGACCAAGGGGGCGUCGGUGCAGCUGGUGUUUGGCUUUGAGUACGCCAUCCUGCUCACCAUCAUCUGCAACAUCGGCAUCAAGUACGUGCUACACGCCGUUGACCUGCAGAGUGACAACCCAUGGGAAAACAAGGCCGUCUUUCUGCUCUACACUGAGCUCGCCAUGGGUUUCGUCAAGGUUGUGCUCUACGUCACCUUUGUUGCCAUCAUGGUGCGCAUCUACACGCUGCCCCUGUUUGCCUUCAGACCCAUGUACUACACCAUGAGGGCCUUCAACAAGGCGUUCAACGACGUAAUCCUGUCCAGAAGGGCCAUCAGGAACAUGAACACCCUGUAUCCUGACGCCACUCCUGAGGAACUGUCUGCUGCGGACAACGUCUGCAUCAUUUGCAGGGAGGAAAUGGUCACUGCGUCCAAAAAGCUGCCGUGCAACCACAUCUUCCACACGUCGUGUCUGCGCUCGUGGUUCCAGCGGCAGCAGACGUGUCCGACGUGCCGCCUCAACAUCCUGCAGACGCCCCCAGUCGCCCCCCACCAGCAGCAACAGCAGCAGGCCAACAACAAUGCGGCGGCCGCGCCACCCCCGGGGGCCCCUGCCGCCGCUCCCGGCGCGCUGCCCCCGCCGAUGAACCCCUUCGUGAUGAUGGCCGCGGCGGCGGCCGCCGCCGGAAACAACAUGUGGCCGCCCCCGCCCUUCCCGGUGCCGCCCCCACCCCAGCAGCAGCCCCCACCCACCGCAGGCCCGAGCACAAGCCAGGCGGCCGGUGGCCAAGCCCCCUCGGCCGGCAACCCGCUGAUGUACCUCCGCUUCCCCAUGCUGCCCUUCAUGGUGCCGCCCCCGGUGCCCCCGCGCGACCUCGGCGGGUUGAGCGAAGAGGAGUUGAGGCGGCUCGAGGGCGUGACCAGAGAGGCCGUCGAGGCGCGCAUCCACGCCCUGCGCCAGGUCGCCCUCCUCCUCGACUGCGCCUCCCUCAUGGCUACUCAGGUUGCCGCUGCCACGCCCCCAAACUACCCUCCUACCGCCCCCGCAAGCAGCCCGGCUAGUGGAGAGGCAAGCGCCCCCGAGGCCGAGCAGACUGAAGCCGCCCCUGCCACCCCCGCAACUCCCACUUCUCCUCCCAGCACGUCAGCGGACCAAACCACGUCGAGUGCGACGGAGCCGAGUUCGGAGCAAGAGGAGGUGCGGAGGCGGCGGCUGCAGCGUUUUUCGGCGCCCCCGGACGCCAACGACUCCAACUGAAUGUCUGUGAUCUUCGAUUUUUGUCUAUUUCCUCGGGUGUAAUUGAAACAACGUUCCAAGUCAAAGUGGGGGACAAAGCUGUUCUUAUCUAAGAGUGUUCUGCAAAUUACGUUUUGUUGUGCGAUAUUAAUAAAACCUGACUUGAUUCGCACGCG